GCAUGGCCAGGGCCUCCUACAGGCAGUGGUGGUGAAGGAAGUGCGCGCGGGUUUCGGGGCCGUAGGGCCAGGGCCAGAGCCAGGGCCGCACUAACCAAUGACAGAUGGACAGGGUUUGGAAUACGCCGCAAACCGUGGACAGAUAUGGUGCCGUGGCGGACAUGCAUUGUGGUGCUGGCAGUAUGGGGCUGGCGGCCGGGAUCUGCCCAUAGCUCCUGCCCAUGGCUCCUGCCCAUGGCUCUGUCCAUGGUUCCCCUGAGAGCCUGCCCUAAGAUCCUGCCCGAAGCGCCACGCGCACCCCACCAGAUACCCCACCAGAUACACCACCAGGUCCUCCGCCCUACAAGAGCACCACCCAAACACCCCCUCAAUCUAGCCCCUCCAAUCACCACCACCUCGAAAGUCAACAACGCCCCGCCCAACAGCAGCAAUACACUCCCCCCACCGCUCACCAUGGCCGGCCUCACCGACCACCUCCUAUCCAUCCCCCCGGUCACCCGGUUCUUCCUCAUCGUCACGAUCGCCGUGUCUCUCGGCAUCUCGUUGGACAUCGUGUCGCCCGCCACAGUCAUGCUCGGCGUGGCCGCCGACACGCCGCCCCCGCCCGCGCCGCAGUGGGCGCCGCAGGGCCUGUCGGCCAAGGCGCAGCUCGUGGCGUGGGCACUCCGAUCCGUGCCGCGCAGCUACAAAAUGUUCACGUCGUUCUUCGUGGUGGACGGCGUCAAGGACAACGGCGUGCUGCUGCUCUUGAACAUCUACCGCUUCUACAUGUUCUCCAACUACUUGGAGGACUCGCGCGGGCGCUUCCGCGGCAACUUCCCGGACUACCUCUGGUUCGUGUUGGUCAGCGGCGGCUUUCUCCUAGCCAUCAACGGCGUGCUCAAGCACCUCGGCUACUACACGCUCUUCUACCACUCGCAGCUCCUGUCGUGCAUGACGUUCCUCUGGCUGCGCGCGCUGAUGAACUCCGUCAUCAACUUCUUGGGCAUCGUGCCCAUCAAGGCCUACUACUUGCCUCUCUUCGACCUCGGCAUGGCCACCAUGCUGGGCAAGUACCACCCGGCAGACUCGUUCGCCGGCAUCUUGGCCGGCUACAUCUACGAGUGCGUGCAGUCCGACACCUUGCCCGUCUACAACUUGCUUCCGGGCGCCUACGGCUCGCGCCUCGGCCUGCCCGCCAACGGCCGCCGCGUGGGCUUCAACGUGGACACCGCGCUCUCGCCCAACACGUUCACCCAGGCCGUGUUUGACUUGGGCUACUGGAAGGCCCCGCGCUUCUUCUACCGCUUGCUCCAGUACCCGAUGGACACCUCCGUGCGCACGACGGCCUUCACCAAGGCCCCUGCGGCCGGCUCGGUCCCGGGCUCGGCGCACGCUUCCGCCCGGUCCUCGGGGGCGACCAAGCAGACGUUCCGGGGACAGGGCCACCGCUUGGGGACACUUUAGAAAGCGUCCCCGCCGUUAUAUAGUGAAUCGUGUCGAUAUGGUCGAUAUGGUUGAUAUAGUCGAUAUGGUCGAUAUAGUCGAUAUAGUGAAGUCGAUAUAGUCCAUAUACUGAAACAUGCCGAUAUAGCCGAUAUAGUGAAGUCGAUAUAGUCGAUAUAGUGAAGUCGAUAUAGUCGAUAUAGUGAAGUCGACAUGGUCGAUUUAGUGAAGUCGAUCUAGUCAAUCUAGUGAAGUCGAUAUAGUCGAUAUAGUGAAGUCUAUAUAGUCCAUAUAGUGAAGUCGAUAUGGUCGAUAUAGUGAAGUGGAUAUAGUCCAUAUACUGAAACAUGCCGAUAUAGCCGAUAUAGUGAAGUCGAUAUAGUCGAUAUAGUGAAGUCGACAUGGUCGAUUUAGUGAAGUCGAUCUAGUCAAUCUAGUGAAGUCGAUAUAGUCGAUAUAGUGAAGUCU